AUGUCCAGCCAACCAAAUCACCCCGCACUGCUCAUUCCAGGCCCCAUUGAGUUCGAUGAUGCCGUUCUACAAUCCAUGAGUCACUAUAGUGAAUCGCAUGUUGGAGCACCAUUUGUUGCCACGUUCGGCGAAACCCUUUCCAUGCUUCGAAAGCUCUUCCAAACCACCGAUCCAUCAUCUCAGCCAUUCGUAAUUUCUGGUUCAGGCACUCUUGGAUGGGACUUAGUGGCCGCAAAUUUGGCAGAGCCGGGCGACGAUGUUUUGGUGCUUCACACUGGAUAUUUCGCAGAUUCGUUCUCGGACUGCUUUGAGACCUAUGGUGUGAAGGCCACACAACUGAAGGCAGCCAUUGGAUCAAGACCCCAGCUUCCAGAGAUCGAGAAGGCGUUGAAGGAAAAGAAAUACAAGCUCUUGACAGUUACCCACGUUGACACGUCGACUGGAGUUCUGAGCGAGCUGAAAGCUCUGUCUGAAUUGGUGCACCGGGUUUCUCCAGACACAUUGGUCAUUGUAGAUGGGGUCUGCAGUGUUGGGUGCGAGGAGAUUGAGUUCGACAAAUGGCAACUUGAUGGUGUCAUUACGGCAUCCCAGAAAGCAAUUGGGUGUCCAGCAGGCCUCUCAAUUUCCAUGUACAGUGGCCGAGCUAUCAAGGCAUUUCAGAGCAGAAAGACACCACCUGGGUCUUACUUCGCAUCGUUCAAAAACUGGAUGCCAAUCAUGCAGAAUUACGAAGCCAAGAAACCUUCAUAUUUUGCAACCCCAUCGCCCCAAUUAGUCCACGCCCUCCAUACCUCUUUGACUCAGAUUCUUUCCAAGCCACUUUCAGAGCGCUUUGCUGCUCACCGUGCGGCAUCCCAGAAGGUGAAGAAGGCUGUCACUGAGCUUGGCUUGAAGCAGCUGGCGUCAGACCCGGCGGACCAAGCAAAUGGGAUGACUGCCAUUUAUCUUCCAGAAAACGUUAAGGCUCCGGAACUUCUCCCUAACCUCUUAAAGAAGGGUGUUAUUUUCGCUGGCGGUCUCCACAAGGAGAUCGCGACCAAGUACAUUCGUGUUGGACACAUGGGCGUAAGCGUUACUGACCCCAAGCGUGAUGACAUUGAUCGUGCUAUCACGGCUCUUCAAGGUGGAUUGUCAGAUGCAGGCUACCAAAAGGCGUAG